AUGUCUGCUGCCGUGCUCUUUGCUGGUCAGACACCCGCUGGCUGCCUGUGGCCGGGACCGCGUUCGGCCCCGGCCAUCAAUGUCCACGCCUCGAUGAUAAGACUGCGCAGAUGCCCACAAGCAGCACUACCAUCUCCUGAUAUGUUUCUGGUUCCCACCCUGGCGGUGGCAGCGCUGGCGCUGAUGCAGCUGCGGUCCGAUGAGUCUGCAGCAAAACCGCUACAGCAACCACGGGCCCCUGCUAGAGAUUGGCGAGCGAAACUUGGACAGUUCCAGGUUGUCGCCUUGCCUGGGAAAGGCCUGGGUGCUGUAGCCCUCUGCCGCUUCGAGCCCGGGGAUCUGGUCGCUGAGGAGGCGCCGCUGCUGCAGCUCACCCAAAGCGGCUCACCCGCGGAGCAGUUCCAGUCUCUUUCAGCUGAAGCCCGGCAGCGUAUCCUGAACCUGAGCGAUUUCGCGGCCGAGAAGACCGUGCAGGGCAUUCUUGACACGAACUGCUUCCAGAAAGGUCUGGGGUCUGAAGACCGGGUCCUGUGUCCUACGCUGGCUCGCUUCAACCACUCAUGUGUCCCAAAUUGCCAACACGUCUGGGACAGCGAUGCGGCAGUGAUGCGCAUCUUGGCCUCGACAGAAGUCGUAGCUGGCGAAGAGCUCAGCGUAGACUACAUCGACGUCCGUCAGAGCCGCGAGCAGCGGCAAGCUCUGCUGAGCCGCAAGUACGGCUUCAAGUGCACCUGCGCCUCAUGCCAGAGUGCAGAUGAGGAGAGUGACCGGAGGAGGUUGAGCAUGGCUCGCAUUGAUGCCGAGAUCGGCAGCGCUUCCGCAGAAGAAGCCCUCAGGUUGGCACAGCGACUGCUGCGCCUCUAUGACGAUGAAGGGCUCCAUCUUCAAGCUCUACGAGGGCGUGCGGCCCUCGACGCCUGCGCGGCCUGCGCCAAGCGAGGGGACGCCCAGGAGACCGCUGCAUGGGCCUCCAGGGCGGCCGAGAGCUACUCCCGUGGUCUAGGUCCUGGACACGAGCUGGUGCGCAGAGCGCUUGUCUAUGCAGCCAGCCCUGAGAGCCAUCGAAGUUGGCGAAGAUGA